UCGUGUGACUUCCUGCGGUGUUCAGCAUUAUCAGUGAUUCCACCAGCAAUCUCAAGUGCAAGAGCGCGAUAGAAUUUCCCAGAAAAAGCGACAUUGAAAUCUUAUCGUGACGCAAAUUGAUUGGGUGUGCAAUUGUUGACUCUUUGGUAUUUAAUGGAUUUUUGGUGUGUUUGCUCCAAUCUUGCCCAAGAAAUAAUUUACUUGUUUAUGUUUUCUUUUGGUGUGGAAUGGCCAGAAAAAUGAUAGAGCGCAUGAGUGAAAAAUUCGGUAUAUGAAGAGCAUUUGCGAACAUCAUACGACCCCAUUUCGAUUUCUUCUGUACAGGGGAAAAUUCGCGAGAUUCCUUUUUGUGAUUUCUGUUCUGGGAGAAGAAAAUUUAGGACAAUUUAAGAAUUUGUGGUUUUUUGUGAAAAAAUCUGUAGUGAUGCUUUAUUUCUUUGAGAAUAGAGAAGUGUGAUUGGGAUUUGAGCGGGAAUCUUGGGAGUUUUUGGCUGAGGAAGCACUUGGUUUGGCGCUUUUCUGGGUAUCGUCAUCGGUGGGGAAUUUCUUCUUUCCGUCACACACCGCAUUUCUGUGGUUCAGUACACCAGCAGACAAGCCUUGCCAUCUCAUUCUGGCCAAUGGGAUUGGAUUGCGCGGCAAAACGAAAGAAGAAUUGCUAGUUGGUGUUCAAAGACACUCGCUUCACUUCGAUUGGAAAAGUCACGGCAAACGGACGUUCUCUGGUCACGAAUUUCAUCUAAGAUCCGCGCUCUGGAACAUCAAAACCAGAGAAGUUGUAUCUUUCUGUGCUAAAUUGGUUUAAUAUAUCCACCAAAAAUUUCUCAUUCCCGCGACAUUCGACUAAUACAAUUGUGAAUUUAAGUGUGUGCAAAAAAAAUCUUACUGGAAAUUCACUUAAACACAGUCAGCAGACUUAAGAAAUAAAAUCUGAACUCAUCUGUUCGUUUUUUUUUUGUUAGUGAAUCAUCUGUGGUGGGAAUACAAUCCUCAGAAAAAAAGCAAAACAAGACAUUAAAAUUUAUAAUAGCCUCUAUAGAGUAUUCCACCAAAACCCCAUCAGAUUAGUGUAAACGGGAAAACCCUUCUAUCAACAAGACCUCAUCUACGGUCAAGUGACUCAAGAGCAACCACACUUGGUGGUACGUUGCGAAAACCCGAUCUAUUGAGAAUAGCAUUCAUUGCAUACAAUUUUCUCAAUCCAAAACCUCUCUCUGCCCAGUUUUGAAAUAAAAAUCCACAACUUUACACAAACACCAAUUCUCAGUCAUUCUCAAACACAACCACUGUUAAGCAAAUAUUUAUCGGACUGUGAAUCGAAUUUACGUGGAAUAGUAUUCUUCUCUGACUCUUCGAUAUAUACAUUUCCAUAUAGCACAAAGCUCAAUAGGUGAAGAGAGGUGUUGCUGACAAAUUAGAGCUGAGACAAAAAAAAAAGAGAAAAGAACAGCGUGAAAAGUCGAUAUCAAUAAAUCUUGUGUUGAACACUCCUAAAUUGGUGAAUUAAACAAGUUUUCUUGUGUGCUGACAAGCUAAAGGACCAAGGCGUCAAAAUGGCUGAGGAGGAACUCGAGGGAGAGCAUCAUGAGAAUAAAUUCGCCCUCCGCAAUCGCGGACGCAAGGGAGCUUUGAAGAAGAAAAACAUCUACAAUGUGAAGGACCAUCGCUUCAUUCCACGCUUCUUCAAGCAACCAACUUUUUGUUCCCACUGCAAAGAUUUCAUUUGGGGCUUUGGCAAGCAGGGAUUUCAGUGCCAAGUUUGCUCAUUUGUCGUCCACAAGAGAUGCCACGAAUACGUCACAUUCAAAUGUCCUGGUGCUGACAAAGGAGCUGACUCUGAUGCUGUUCGAAAACCACAUAAAUGGCAGGGACAUACAUUUCUCACACCAACUUUUUGCGAUCAGUGUGGAUCGAUGCUGCACGGAAUUGCCCAUCAGGGUAUAAAAUGUCAAGCAUGUGACAUGAAUGUUCACAAACGAUGCGAGGAAAGUGUUCCAAAUCUCUGUGGAUGUGAUCAUACUGAACGUCGAGGGCGUAUUCAGCUCGCAAUUUCAUGUACAGCUAAUAAGCUCACUGCUGAAGUGAAACAGGGCAGAAAUUUAAUUCCGAUGGACCCGAAUGGCCUGAGUGAUCCCUAUGUGAAGCUAAAGCUCAUUCCCGAUACUGACAAUGUGAAGAAGAAAACCAAAACAAUUCGAUCAACAUUGAAUCCUGUUUGGAAUGAAACACUCGCCUUUGAUUUAAAGGCAGAAGACAAGGAUCGACGUCUAUUAAUUGAGGUGUGGGAUUGGGACAGAACAUCCAGGAAUGAUUUCAUGGGCUCACUAUCAUUCGGAAUAUCCGAAAUCAUUAAGAAUCCAGCUGACGGAUGGUACAAGUUGCUCACUCAGGAGGAAGGUGAAUUCUACAAUGUUCCUGUACCUGAUGAGGCAGCUGACUUGGCCCAAAUCAAGAGUCAAAUGAGGAAGACAUCAAUUACUAAGAAACUUCCAGUAACAACUGACAAAGAUAUUCCACACAAUAUGAGCAAGAAAGACAUGAUUCGGGCCACAGAUUUCAAUUUCCUCAUGGUGCUGGGCAAGGGAUCCUUUGGCAAAGUGAUGUUGGCUGAACGCAAAGGUACCGACGAAUUGUAUGCCAUCAAAAUACUCAAGAAGGACAUUAUUAUUCAGGACGAUGAUGUCGAAUGCACGAUGGUAGAGAAAAGAGUUCUUGCCCUAUCCAGUAAGCCACCCUUUCUCGUUCAACUUCAUUCCUGCUUCCAAACCAUGGAUCGUCUCUACUUUGUGAUGGAAUUCGUUAACGGUGGUGAUCUCAUGUUUCAAAUCCAGCAAUGUGGGAAAUUUAAGGAACCUGUAGCAGUAUUCUAUGCAUCUGAAAUAGCAAUUGGACUAUUCUUUCUGCACUCCCGUGGUAUCAUCUAUCGUGACCUGAAGCUGGACAAUGUACUCUUGGACGCUGAUGGACAUAUCAAGAUUGCUGACUUUGGCAUGUGCAAAGAGAAUAUAUCCUAUGACAAGACAACCAAAACAUUCUGCGGAACACCAGACUACAUCGCACCUGAGAUUAUCCUCUAUCAACCCUAUGGAAAGUCUGUGGAUUGGUGGGCUUAUGGUGUACUUCUGUAUGAGAUGCUGGUGGGUCAACCACCAUUUGAUGGUGAGGAUGAGGAGGAGUUGUUUGCAGCUAUUACAGAUCACAAUGUAUCGUAUCCGAAGAGCUUGAGCAAGGAGGCCAAAGAUGUUUGUAAGGGUUUCCUCACGAAAAAUCCACAGAAACGCCUUGGGUGUGGUGCUCGUGGUGAAGAGGACGUCCGUGGCCAUUCAUUCUUCAGGCGCAUUGAUUGGGACAAGAUUGAGAAUCGAGAAGUUCAGCCACCCUUCAAGCCCAAAAUUGUAUGUAAAUUUGGCCAAUUCAUACCAUUUUGCCAACCCUCCCCAAUCCAAUUUUCCUUCUCUCUAGCACAAAUAUUGACUGUAGAAUGUCAGCAGAACCAUGUUUCUUACCUCAAAUACUUCUAUUUCUCUUUUUUUUUUGUUUCUUUCAAUACAGAAACACCGCAAGGAUGUGUCCAAUUUCGAUAGACAAUUCACAUCGGAAAAAACCGAUCUCACACCAACUGAUAAGUUAUUCAUGAUGAAUUUGGAUCAAACCGAAUUUAUGGGAUUCUCCUAUCUCAAUCCAGAAUUUGUACAACACAUUUAAAAGAAAAGGAUGCAAAAGGUGCGUGCAAAAUCAUCCAAAAUGGACAACAAAGUACUUGAAGGAGUAUCUUCUAUGCUGCACCAUGAGAAAACUUUAAGCAUUCAUGCCAUUUUGCUAUCUCACGACAAUUUUACCAUAUUCUUGUGAUUUUUCGGAACCAAUCAAUGUUAUUAGUCAUUCUUUACAUCAAGACAAAUGCCAAGGUGGCAGGGAGACGUAGAUGAAGCAAAAGGUGUAUUAACUUUUAAAAUAACCGAACAAAUUGACUUGAGGUGAAAAACUAUAAAAAUUUAAAUACUUAGAAAUCUUUUACUUAUAGAGAGAGAUAUACAAAAAAAGAAGAAACAUGAUUAGUGAGUCUGAACGGUCUGUUAGUUGGAUUUUUUACUCGUGUUCUAUCUAACCCAGAUAAUAUUUAUUUUAUUGCCAUCGUUGGCAACUUCCUCGUGAUGAAUAAGACAUAUGAAAGUCAUCCCUUUUAUGCCGAACUUUCAUCAAACUAAAUCCAUUGCGAAAAUCCUCAAAAAAAAAACACCCGAGAAUAGUUUCACCUCCUCACUCGUUAUGGGGAAAAAAGCUUAGAAACUACAUUCAUUUAUUUUACUGGAUAAUCCCCAGAUUAAUCCUCCAGGUGGAAAAAUUUCUUUGAGAGUGAAAAUGCCAUCACUUCAUAGCGCUUGCGGUUGAAAUAUGUGAUGUAUGAAUAGGUGAAUCUAGAUCAGAGAAAAGUAUGUCACACAAGGGGAAGCAAUUCCAGGAAUAUAGUGUACACCUUGUAAAAUGCAUUAAAAUCAAUAAAACACUGUGGGAGUUGAAAAUCCUUAUGCGGACUUCAAAUUAGGAUGAAACGGAUACGAAUUUGCCAUCCAAAUGGUUUACUGUACAGUAAAAAGAAGUGGGAAUUCUGUCGGAAGUUCCGGGGGGAAUGUGAGUUAUUCCGCGGAACUUGACGUGGAUUUUUCGUAAGGGAUUUGAGACUCAGAGAUCCGCAAAUUUGACCAAAUUUCCCGCCUAAGCAUUCGAGACACAAUGCCCCUUUUGCAGGGUCAGCGCCUCUGGUGGUGGAGCACACCACUAUCUAAGAAUAGUCUAUCGAACAGAUAUCUCUAUUCUUCUUGUUCUCAGAGAGUGUCCACAUCAAGGUUUAAAGCCAAAAAAGUCAAGGUUUAGCCCUAGUACACUGAAGACGACUCGGCAUCUUAGUGCAAAUGUGAGUAAGAAUCAUUUGAAACCGAACAAAUGUCAAAUGAAAUGUACGUCAAUUGUCAAAAUGCUACCAGGAAAGGAAUUCUAUAACAGUAUGACAAUGGCAUAUGACAAAUUAUCGUGGUAAAUUCGAGAAUAGGAAAACAUACUAUUGAUCAUCGAAUAGUCAUUGCAAGCAGCUCUAUGAAGCUUUUAGUAACUGCCAUGAGACGACUUUUUAAUUCGUUAUUUCGAAUUUACCCAUUUAAAAAUUUUAAAUUUGUCAUAUGACAUUGUCAUACUAAUACAGAAUGUCCCUACAGGACAAACCUAUUUUGACGUUUAUUCCCCCUAUUAGUGAAUGCUGUACUACUUGAUCUGUACUCGAAUAAAACCACUAAUCACUUUGUAUACUUUAACUGAUCACUCUUGGGAUAACGAGAUUCAGGAGCCGUAUAGUGCGUAGAUACAGUAGCGCCCCGCUAUAGUCUAAAUUUGGUUCCAGAUUUGACACUUGGGUCGCACUAUAGUCCAUGUCAUUUUUUAAAAUUAUCAACGACUUUUAGUAUUGAAAUUGCUCGACGACUUCCACUUUCUUUGCGAUUGUAGUAUUUGUCCUCGUUCUUUUCAUAAUGGAUCCCAAUUAUCACAACUACUCAUUAAGUUUGCAAAAAAUAUUAAAAUAAUUAUGACAACAUUGCAUGUCGCGUACUAAAAAACAUAACCUAACUUAAAAUCAGUGUUUUUAAAUCCACGGUCGAUAAACUGUGGACUAUAGAGCGAUGGCCUAUAGCGGGGCUCUACUUUAGCCGAGGUGUCCAUACAGUCCUAGGUUAGACGAGAACUUCCUUUGUAAUCUAGUUCAAGUUGAAGGUUGAGCAUCACACGUCCUGAUGGAUACUUUCUUAAAAUAUCCAGUCAUCUAUGAGUUGAGGAUCUGAUUUUCUAAAACACAUGACAAACCUAGCAGAAACUAGGGUUACCAGGUUAUAUCUACAGUUUUUCUCAGUAUGAAUUUCCUAUCACUGUAUUCUAAUUAAAACAUAAUUUACUGACGUAGAAAAGAGAAGUCAGAAAACUUUGAAAAACUGAGAAUAUAUUUCAAUAUUCUAUAUAAUCAUUUAGUUUAGCACGGGCUAUGGUCCUGAAUUAUUUCAUGAACGCUUUGCACUUUUUGCAAACUGCUCUAAUGUAAGCCUCCGGAAUUUGAGCCCAUUCACAAUGAGGCUAUCUAACGCAUCAACACUUCCUCUUCAUAGAGAAACUAUGCCUUCCAGCAAGAGGGAUUCUUUGUACUUAUAAUUCGAUUCCUCAAGAAUACGGUUUUGAAAGCCUAGUCAGAAAUUUCCUUCGAAACCUAAGUGUUUUUUUUGUUGACUUCCAGGGCAAAAGCACUAGAUGGGGGAGACAGAGGUAUGGACUCCCUUAAGGGCGUGUGCCUGCACAGAUGCUUUUUAACAUCUCUCAAAAAAUGAUCAGACGAAACCAAGCAAUAUCCGUUCCUCUGUAUAUAAUAAUGAUCUUACCUUAACGGUUUAUGCUUCUACUUUUGUAGAAGUGGAACUUUACCUAAGCGAAUGCUUCGUUAAAAUGUUUGCUUACUAUAAGCAAAACCGACUUAAACCUAACCCAGAAAAAUCUCAAGUUUCUUGUUUCCACCUUAAAAAUCGAGAUACAUAGAGAGAACUACGGGGUGUAUACCGAACUAAUUCAUACGGAGACCCCAAUAUAUUUCGUAGUUAGGUUCUUGACAGACUUACAACAUAAGCCGAGACCGGGUUUACUGGAAAAUGAUGGAAAAGUAUUUUAACCAUUAUUUCGAAAAUAAUAACGCUACGCCGCGCCGUCUCUCGGCUAACCGUCAGGUCUGUCAAGGCCCUUAUGCCCUAGACACACUUACGACUUAAGCCGAGAGACGACUUAGUGGAAAAUUAUGGAAAUGUAGUUUGACCAUUAUUUAUAAUAUAAUUACGCUAAGCCGUCUCUCGGCUAAUCCUCAGAUCUAUCAAGGCCCUUAUACUCUAGACCUAACGCUCACCUUCAAAACCUACUGCUAUAACAUUAAACCACAAAUUUCCACUCGAAACGACCUUCUAAGAAAAUUCACAAACAGUUCGUGGGGUACCCAUCCUCAGGUAAUUAGGGCAUCUACUCUAGUUUUUUAUGUCGGCGAGUAUGCUGCAAGUGAUAGAGCACUCGCUCUAUGAUGCAAGUGUCCCGGAUUCGAAUCCCCUUUAGGUCAUCAGGAACUUUAAACGUUAAAGGGGUUCGAAUUGCAUCCAGUGAGCUUCUCUGCACUUGAUUCCACGGGCAUGGAACUGACAACCUCAUCCUUGUACAAGAAAAAAUAAUAAUGGAUGUCCCGAACUCCCCUAGUGGGAAGGCCUAGUUUCUCUAUGGAACGUUGUGCCACCAUUAUUAUUAAUAUAGAGUAUGCUGUUCCAGUUUGAUAUCUGCAGGUCCAUUGGAAAACAAAUCGAUAUGGCGCUAAAUGAGAGGUUACCUUAAACAUUCCUCUUUUGGGAAGGUUUAUUCAUUGGAAUGCAUAGCUCCACCGGCAAUUAGACGACAGAGUUCUCUAAGAGAACUCUAACGGCGUUAUCACACUUGCACAUUAAAAUUUUAAUGUGAUUCACAUUAAUUGUCGCUUGUAAGCGUCCAAAUAUAUUAUUUGUGACUUUGAAUCACUUAAUAUUUGGUGUUUUUCUAUUUAUUGAUAAAGAAGUGGAUUUGGCCUGUAAAAAUAAGUUUAAAUUUACCUAAAGCAUAAAUAUUUUUCACAUUAAAAAAUUAAAGAGAAAACCGCAUUAAUUUUUCGCAUUAAUGCUAUAAAUCAAUUUAUAUCAAAUUUUGCGGGCCAAGUCUACCUCUUUAUCAACAAAUAGAUCAAAUUUUGAAUAUAAAAUGAUUAAAACACACAAAUUACACAUUUGGACUCUCACCAGCGACAAUUAAUGUGAAUCAUAUUAAAAUUUUAAUGUGCAAGUGUGAUAACACAGUAAGAGAAAGAGUUCUCUAAGACCCAAGACGACAACCCACUGUCUGUUUGGAUAUCAGCUAUUUAGUAAGAGAUUGAAAUUCCGGAAGUGCUUUCUGAGAAGGUCGUAACCUAUUGAUAGAUGGUAUGAGGCUGUUAGAUUAGCGCUUUGGCCAAAAUCUUUCUCUAAAAAAUUGUUAAAAUAAGGAAGAUCUUGGCAGCGGGCUAAGAAUCAACUCGUCCUACAGGUCCUACAUGACGGGCACUAGACCGAAUAAGAACAGGUGUGGUCAGUUUGCAAAAAUGGGAUUUUGGACACGAUCAGUCAACAUUGUAGAUCACUGAAAUCAGUGGACACGAUCAGUAACAAUCCAUAGAGUAUUUCUACACCUUUUUGAUAUGUCCGACGAGUUGUACCUGCAGCUAUAUUAAAUUCCAAAUGACAAUGCAUUAAACGUGGUACAGUUCUGGGCUUAAACAUUGUAGAUAUUCCGACAAGAAAAGAAGAUGAUUCUUACAUAUUUAGGGAUGAGGCUGUUAGUCUCUUACCUCGUGGAAUUAACUAGGGUGGAGCUAAUUGGAUACCAUUCAAACAUCUUUAGUGCCAGAAAAAUUCCUGGUAACCUAAAAAAGGUACGAACCCGGGACACUUGUAACAUAGAGCGAGUAAACCAAUGUCUAACCUCUUGACCCAUUGAAAACCCAGAAUUGUCAAAGUACAUUUUAUUCUGCAAGACAAUAUGAGGAAGAGAAUGUUUCUUGCGUUUGAACUACAAAAUGAUUGAUAUGAAAAAAUUUGCACUCGGUGUUUUUAAGCGAGUCAUGCUUUGCGUAUGAUUUGUAUAAUAAUGGUGCCGUGUCUUGUAGGAACGUCCACUCCCUCUCAGCAAAAUGUUUACGUGCCUAAAUAGAGCUUUUUUCAAUACAAUUUUUCACAUAAAUUGUGACAAGGCCUAAGAAGCCUCACUUAAGUGCUCAAACUCGUCUGUACUAUCUUUUAACUUAUAAAUGUGGAAUCGCUAUAAAAACUUUUAAUUCUAAUUUUAAUCAUACUUUGAAGUUCGCAUAAGUUUGAUCUGUGAAUCUCUAAUCAGGAAAUGCUAUAAAAGCAGUCAAUCCAACGCUCUAGAAGUAAUAGAAAAUGUUUCUAUUGAAUUUUAAUAUGGUGUACAUUUAGCCCCUAUGCUGUGUUUCCCCUUGAUUAUUAGAUAUACUUUUCUCGGUACUUUUCUAUUUAACUUAACUGCCAUAUAUUAGAGUAAUAAAAGUUAUUAGCUAUUUUUUCUGCAAAGUAUUAUACGUUUGUUUUUAGGUCCUCUCCAUCUGUAUAAUUUCUUUAGUUAUGUUUGUUUUUUGUUCAAUAAUUUCAAAGAGCUAUAUGGAAAAAGUUACAUAGAUUUUCUGUUAACUAAAAAAAAAAUGUCCCACCGUAAACUUUUUUAAAAUUUCGAUGCAAUCUUUUGUGCGACUAAUUCUUCUGCUGAAGAAGAAGAAAUAAAUGAGUGAAUUAUAUGAACAAUUUAUUGAAAAAUUGAAUAUACCCUGAGUAAUUAUCUUAACAACUUCCACUUCCAAUGUAAUAAAUAAGUAUAUCAAAUAUACAACAAAUAAACAUAUAGUCAUAAUACUUAUAAGAAUAUAGAAAUAAAGUAUAUUUUGAGCCUCAAAUGAACAAUGGAUAAUCCUUGUUGCUCCUGAAAAAAAAAGUUUGAAAAAAUAUAUUUCUCAAAUUUAUUGACAGCAAUGAAACCUUUUUUGGAACUAUUUUCAAACAAAUUUUGCGUCUUUUAUCUGUGAAAAAUUGACAAUUUUCUUUUUCACAUUACGUGCUAACAAAAAGAUUAAUGGCCCAUUUGUUGGAAACAUUUUUUUCCAGAAUUUUCCAACAAGAUGUAAAAUUUGUUUGAAAUUCGAUUGAUAAAAUAAAAUAUACAACCCUUCCAAAUAUUUCUACAAAAAAAUAUAAAGAAAUAGAUUGUGCAAAUAAAAGAAACUAUGAAGAUCCAUUCACUUUAUUAAAUGUGUCAAAGAUUAUUGAAAUAAUAAUCCCAAAAACUCAUUUUCCUUUCACAAAUAGAAUUUAAAUAAUUUUUAAAGAAAGAUAUUGAUGUAUAAUAUAAUUCAUUCACAAAAAAAAAGAACAGAAAAUUACAGUCAAAUUUUUGAAAAAAUCAUCCUUAAAGAAAUAUUAAAAGAUAUUAAUGUAAUAGAAUGAGUCAUAAUGUCAUAGUAAUGGAAAUUGUAGUGAAAAGAAAAAUUAAAUUCAAUGUUAUAAAUUUUACUAGGGCCUAUAGCAAUAAUUUCUACUUAAACAUUUUUUUCUAAGCAAUUCUAUUUCCUUAUAAACAAAAAAAUAUUGUUUUACUUAUCAUCUUACCUCGAUUUAAUUCAUAAUCUUCAAAAUUUCUCUAUUUUCACGAAAUUUCUAAUGAGUAGAAAGAAUGGAAAUUAGGAAAACAUUUAAAAUAAAAUAUGAAAAAUAAAAACUUGUAAAUACCUUCGAAGCCACUCUUAUACAAAUUGUGGUAGAUUUACUUUUCUCGAGUGCUUUUUAAUAAAUGAACAAAAAUAAUUUUCAAAAUAUUAAUUAUAUAAAAAAAACUAUUUAUUGGAUUGGAGAUGAUAAAUGAAACAGAUAUUCAAAGAUUAAAUUAAAAGAAAAAGAAAAGAUAUUACAUUUAAGCACUUUUUGACAAUCUAAUUGUAGGUAAAAGAAUUAUUAUAUUAAAAAAAUUAACAAACAAAAAUAUAAUUGAUAAUAAGUAACUUAUAAUUUAUUAAUUUUCGAUGUUAUUGAUACCUAUCGAAAAUCUUUGAUUAUCAUUCCACUGCAGAAGUUUUAAAAAAGUUCGUCAAAUUCCACAAAAGAAAUACUCUUCAUUCUCUCCAAUCAGUUAAUAAAAUAAUUUCAAACUACAACUCUUAAUGCUGACUUUGAUAGUCAAUAUUAUGCCAAUCAGGAUAUUUAAAAACAUAUUUUGAAUUUUAGCAAUAAAUCCAGUUGCAAGAUUUUCCUGUAAGUCAAAAAAAUAAUACGGGAAGAUGGGGGUACAUUAAAAAAGUAUUUUUUUUCACAUAGAGGAAAGUAGGGCACUUUUGAAAUUGAGGUUUUUCACCUAUAUCUAAGUGGAACUGAGCCAUAUCAUGAUGCAAUUUAGCUUCGCAAUCUGUUUGUGCAGCAAAAUUAUAUCGCGAUAAGGCUCAAUUUUAUUUAAAAAUAGGAGAAAAAUCACAAUUUCAAAGCUGCCCCACUUUCAAAGGGGCCUUAUUUUUCCCUAUCUCUUAAGGAAGCUGAACCUAUCCAAAAUUUAAUUAAGAUCCACAAUUUUUUUGUGAAUAAAAUGUGAAAAAAAUAUGUUUUCAAUAUUGCCCUAAACAAGUGAGAAGCUUUUUGAAAAAGUGAACUUCUUUAAUAAAAAACCUAGACAAAUAGGCCACGCCCACUUAGAUUUUCUUUUUAACUAUAUUGGAAUUCAAUAAUGUGAUUUUAAUUUUCUGUAACCUUUCUGAUUUCUGUAACCUCUUCAACAGUACUAAAAUUUUAAAAUAUAUUUUUCAUUUUUUUAUAUCUUAAAACAUUAAAGUCUUGUAUUAAGAGUUGUAGCCCCUUUAAAAUUGGAUUUUCAAUAAAUAUCAGAAUUAUCAAAAUAAUAAAAGAAAUUGCAAGUAAAAGUAUAAAAAUUCCUGGAAAUAUUUUCCUUUUCAAUUAUUCUGGCCCUGUUAUUAGAAAUUCUUGAUGGUAUUGUGGAAAGUAUAUCCAUUUCCCUUUUAUUUUUCUUCCUGGCACUUUAUGUGAAUGUGCUCGGAACGAAGAGGUUGUUUCUUAUGACUAACUUUAGAAAAGACGUAAUUGAGAUUUACAUAAAUAGUAUCAAAAUUAAGAAAAAAUAAUUACUGCGAAAUACUUAAUUACGAUUAAAUAUAAAUUAAUAAUUGUUUCAUUAGGAAUUAUUUGUGACCACAUUUUGAUUAUAAAAUAUCAUUCGAACACUAGGAAUUUUCUCAAGUUAUUGAAUAAAUUGCAAUAAAAUUACUUUGUUAAAUUAUGUAAUAUUUUAUACCUUAAUUUGUUGAUGUAUUAGUUGUUAAAUUUUGUUGCAUUUACUGCCACAAAUUUGAAGAAAAAAAAUAACUCUAUAUUUCUGAAUUAGACACCAAAGUCUUUCAAUAAAUUAAUAAAUGAAUUAAAAUACAAGAAAAAGAAGUGAAAAAUUCUCAAAUGAAAAAUUAUAUCAAAUAUUAUAUUUACAUAUUAUCAUAAUUCAAUUAAAUAAACCACUAUAUACUCUUUCAACUUAAACAAA